CGAAAGUCUACCUACUUCCAUCCUUUGAACGUAUAUCAGCCAUCGCCCGUGUACCCACAUAACGGUAUUUAAUUUUACGGUAAGUUGGAUAUUUAUAUCUAAACCUUCCUUUGGUAAGUCCAACGCGCGCACAGCCAUGAAUUCAAUAUAAGAAGUUAGUGGUAGUAAUCGAUGUAUAUUCAAAUGGGUGUUUAUCCGAGCAUUGAGCCAUGACAGUGUGAAUUAAAAGUGCUUAAUGAACUUUAUGUUUGACGGUAAACUUUAAACUGAUUCGUGAGGUGACGACAUCCCUAUCGCCCUGAAGAGAUUGAGACUGUCAAUUAAAGAAGCCGAAGCUGGACAGUUCGCAAUAAGUCAAUACGGACGGCGGGAUUUGAGGAACAAUAAUGAGAGAAUAUAAGAUCGUCGUGCUCGGUUCUGGUGGUGUCGGAAAGUCAGCUUUAACCGUUCAAUUCGUGCAAGGAAUAUUCGUAGAGAAAUACGAUCCAACGAUCGAGGACAGUUAUAGGAAACAAGUUGAAGUCGAUGGACAGCAAUGUAUGCUAGAAAUAUUAGAUACCGCUGGAACAGAACAAUUUACUGCCAUGAGAGAUUUAUACAUGAAAAAUGGCCAGGGCUUUGUGCUGGUGUACUCGAUAACUGCUCAGUCAACGUUUAAUGAUCUCCAAGAUCUUCGAGAACAGAUUCUGAGAGUAAAGGACACUGAUGAUGUACCAAUGGUAUUGGUGGGCAAUAAAUGUGAUUUGGAAGAGGAGCGAGUUGUAGGCAAAGACCAAGGAAACAACCUAUCACGCCAGUUUAACUGUGCCUUUAUGGAGACUUCUGCCAAAGCUAAAAUAAAUGUUUAUGAUGUAUUUUACGAUUUAGUUCGACAAAUCAACAAAAAGUCACCUGAAAAGAAACAAAAGCAGAAAAAGAAAUCUCUUUGUGUACUUCUAUAAUUAUGAGAAACUAAGUUGUAAUUUCAAGACUAUUAUGUUUUUUGAAAAAGUGUAUAGGCAUGAAGGCAAGUGCGGACCAGGAGCGUCAAUUGUGUACUGAAAGCCAGCUCUGCAAAAAAUUAAUUACUAUUUAAUCAAUAUUUCUAUUUGUAAUUCGAUUUUUCAAUAUACCUAUGUUAGUUGAAGUUUUUAAAUCAAGUUAUACAAUUUUUUAUCGAUAAUUCUUAUUUUCUUGCGAGAAAUUUAAGUUGUAAGACUUUUACUGCCAGAUAAUCAGUGUCAAAUAGAAUAUAGCAACUUUGUGAAUCAGUGGCGUGAGAUGUUUCGAGUCUAAGACUAUCAACUGGACAUUUCUUCGACCACAGUUUUAGGGUGUUUUAUAUUCCUAUAGAUUAAGUCUAGUUGCAUAUCCGGACUCUGUGUGGUAGUUACAUAUAGUAACAAGCUUGGAGUAAGCACUUAGGCAUUUAUGCAGACUUAUUUGGUGCUGACUGCCUUCUUCUUCCAUAUUUGUUUGUCUGCAUGAUUGCUAUAAUGUUCGUAAUGAAAUGAUUGUUUUAGGUACAAAAAUUUAUUAUAGGAAAAUGAGUUACGUAGUUCUUUGUGCUUACUCCAUUCAAAGAAAUAUAUUAACGUGUAAUUGAGAGAAAUUUUUCUUAUGUAAUUUUCAUGAAUCUUAAAUGUAUCUUGUGUAAUUUGAACAUGAAUUACCUUUGUUAAAACUUAUAGCAAUUUGUACUACUUAAAUGUUUCUUUAUUGUUUGUGUUUAUUUGAAAUUGUGAUAAACUUUAAUUCCGCUUAUAUAGUUGUUUGAAAUAUAAUGCUCUUAUUUCGCACCUGCCUCUU